AAGCAAAUCUAUAAUUUGAACAUUCUAAGAAAGAACGACAGGCUACCACACAGUGCAGCACAUUGUGUAAACAUUACAGAUGUGUAGUGUGAUCUGAGGAUACAGUUAACAGUUAGAUUAUCGUAGCAAGAAACAAGAUAUGUUGAAACUUGUACUACUGACUGUAGUCUUAACGCUGAUCGAGUGUCGUGACAUUGUAGUUAUAAAGUACACAAAGCCAAUUCUAUCUUUUACUCUAACAGCUGACAACAGAGGCAUUCAAUACGUCGUGUUCACUUUCUUGGUCAAGGAUGUGAGAUACAAAACUAAUGGGGUUAUCACAAGUGAAGGAUGGCAGUACCAAACAAGUCAAAUCAAUCUCCUUGGAGUUGACAAAGUCGAGGCCUAUGCUACAGCUUAUGAUCAAAAACACGGAAUUCGAUUGAAGACACCGAAGAGCACUCUUCUACUGAAGAAUGAUCAACACUUGCCCAGGCCAGGCCGAAGGAUCAGAGGCGCAGUCAUUUUUAGGGAUGAUUUUAACUCUAUCAACCCAGCAAACUGGGAUUACGAGAUCUCGAUGUAUGGGGGAAUGACUUGGGAGUUUCAGGUCUACACCAACGAACCAAGAAAUGUCUUCACAAAAAAUGGAAUGCUUUAUAUACAACCGACCCCAACAAUAAGUGAUCCCAGAUUUGAUGAUAACUUUCUUCGCAACGGAGUCAUGGACGUGGCAAGUAAGCUUCACUUGGUGCCAGGACAUGCACAAUGUCUUAGUUUCUAUUGUCUCCAUGAUAUUUGGGGUUACUGUACAAACAAAAAUAAUUAUGGCUGCCAUCGAGAAGGCAAGUUCGGCCUGCUGCCUCCGGUCAUGUCUGGUAAGAUUAUGAGCAAGCCAACCUUGAGAUAUGGCAUUGUGGAGAUCAGAGCAAGGAUUCCGAAAGGAGAUUGGCUCUGGCCAGGUAUUUCAAUGCUACCAAGACAAAAUGUUUAUGGAGAAUUUCCUCGUUCAGGUCAAAUUGACAUAAUGGAGUCUAGAGGCAAUCCUGGUCCGUAUGGCGUCAAUUCAUUCAGCAGUACCCUGCAUUGGGGUGUAGACUGGAAGAACGACCGAUGGCAGUUCACUACAGUAGACAAGAGAGGCAACUCUUGGCACGAGUCGUUUCAUACGUGGAGACUUGAGUGGACACCUAACAGUAUGAACAUUUUUGUAGACAACGACAGAGUUCUAGAAGUCAGACCUGAUGCUGGAUUCUGGAACCUGGGAAGAUUCACUGGUCGAAAUAUUUGGGGAGCGGCUGGGAAAAUGGCGCCUUUUGAUACUGAUUUCUUCAUGAGCUUGAAGGUCUCUGUUGGUGGUGUCAGCGGUUACUUCAGCGACGAACGCAACUGGGAAAGGAAGAAACCAUGGGCAGAUAAUUCUCUAAAGGCCGCGGAAGAUUUCUGGAACGGUCGUAAUGAGUGGCUGCCCACGUGGCAAGGAGAUAAAGCAGCCUUGAUAGUGGACUGGGUGGAGUUUAAAAACUUCUAAUCAGAAUGUGUCUUUCUUUUUCUGUUUGUUGCUGAUAAUUAGUAAUAAAUUGUUUAAAAGCUA